UCCACACUAUCAUAAUUGAUAAUAAUUGUUGACAACGGUGAUCGCAGCGAGCGGAAAGAUAGACCGUACAUCGGACCAGCAUCCAUGGCUCUCUGAGUAUCUCACAUGUCUAUCCUGUCGACUUCGUUUAAGGUGUCUUGCAAGACCGAUCCUUGGUCCCGCUAGGAUCGCACGUCUCAAAAAGCUGUCCUUCGCCCCCAUAAUAGCUUGCUGAACGAAACGCGAUGGAUGCCAUCUUUCGCAACAAGGGAAAGUCUAGGAUAUCAGCUUCGUCCUCGACAUCUCAUGAUGGCCCCACAUCUGCAGAAGGUCUGGCUACAUCGGUUCCUUACAGCCAAGUGCCGACUCCCCAGGUUUCGUCCGCUGCUGGACCGUCUACCAUCUCGCUCAUUGGACAUCGGCCCAGGGAGUCUCCACUGACUGUACAGGAUAUAGGAGCUCCAGAUACGAAUCCUGGACUCCAAGCCGAUGGAACGGGAUUCAAUUACACCUCCUCGCGGCGUCAGGAUGGCCCUCUACCACCCAUUCCUCAGCCUUCGGCUCGACGCCAGUUACCUGAAAGGUCUAGCUCCAGGCAUUCUCGGGCGUCUGCACGAUCAAGCGUAGACACGGUCAAAUCGGAUCCUCAUACAACGCCAGGCUUCCUCCAAGACGUCAUGGCCAAUGGGAUACGCCAGCCGCCGCCCUCGAUCACAGUUGGGAGCUCCAGGGCAAAUGGCGAGUUUGGCGCAAGACCCCACCCCUACGCUGCGGCAGCUCAGGAUCCGGAGACAGCCUCUAUCCGAUCGAUAUCUACCACUAGAUCAGCGUACUCUCACGAUCUAGGUCGAUACCCAAGUUUCUCGGGACAAUCUGGCCCAAGCGUUUCCGCCAGGCCGCCUCAAACUCCUCGUAUGCAAACCACACCCAAUCCGCCCGCCUCUCUCACUCCAUCACGAGCUUCCGUCUACGCUCCGUCUAUCAUGUCUAUGCGACGUUCUUCAUCUGACGAGUUCAAUUUCCCACGACCGUCCGAUGCAGAGGUGGAGAACCUGUUCGGGGAUCUAUUGUCUAGUCGAGCCUUGGAGACACAAGCUGCCACUCUCUCUUCGCGCGCCUCCACAUCGUCUACCAAUUCUCAAGCCAAUAUCGCGCGGACAGCAGCGUCCUUACCCAUCGAAACAAAGUGGCAGAUGGUGGAGUCCGACGCCAGGGCCAGAUGGGAAGCGAUGCGGGACAGUAGAAGGAAGGAAGAGGAUGCACCUCGGAAAGGCAAACGUGCAACGACAAGCGCCGCGAUGAAGAACAGUCCCGAGUGGUUUCUGAAAAAGAUGUUGGACGGGAGCAUAACGGUGCAGCAUCUGAGCAUGUUGGAAGUCAGUCUGAGAACAUUGCCUGUGGACUGGAUGAGAGAUUUCAUGGAAUGUCAGGGUCAAGUCGUUCUGGCCAAUUUCUUGUCGAACCUGAACAUGCGCAAAGGUCGUGGGGCUGUCGACUAUGAGAUGGAGUCCAAGCUAUUGGCCUGUCUCAAGAAGUCUUUGAGCGUCAAGAUCGGCGCUGUCGACGCUCUACAGAAGCCUCAGAUCGCUGUUGGCGUCGCCAGCUCCCUGAUCUCGCCACACCUGACUAGUCGCCGUCUGUCUGCAGAGAUGCUGGUCUUUAUCGCCCACUUUGAUGAAAGUCUCGAUCCGGACGAGCGCCGUGGUCUGAGUCGCGUUCUCAACGCGUUUGACCAGAUCGAGCAACGACUAAAUAUAUCGGUCUUCGACCUGUCCAAUAAAGUAGGGCGAUUCGACGUAUGGCUCAGGCAGCUCGAACAAGUCAUCGACGGACGUGGUCGAAUGGGAAGUGCAGUCGGUGCCAGUAAAGACCUCAAGGGGACAGACGAUCAAGCCAUUCUCGAUUACUGCAAUACUAUGAUCUACCUUGUACAAGCUUUGGCUGGAGGCUCUGAUGUUCGUUCUCGAUGCUCCGUCAGGGCACAGCUCGAAACAGCCGGUUUGUUGCGCAUCUUUGCAAAACUUCAACAGUGGCGGGAUCCCACUGUCAUGCGGACCAUUCGACAGUACGAGGAAGAAGCGGAAUCGGACCGUCGUGAUCUGAACGAAGAACGCGAUCGCUUGAUGUUGGAAACGAUGAGGAGUCCAGAAGACGUCUUCCGAGCGCUAUUACAAGUCACCAAAGGCUCCAAAGCCAGCGCCUACCUGCUCAACUCGAUGCGUCAUCUUCUAUUGAUUCGCGAGGAGGGCGACCAGAAGGACCGCUACUUCCAGCUCAUCGAUAGGCUAAUCACGUCCAUUGUCAUGAGCGAUACGCCAGACCUCGGUCAAGACUUCUCGCGAGCCUUUGGAAGCUCUGUCUCUCAUUUGAUCGGCAAGUUCGUAGAGCAGGAACGUCUGGACAACGCGCUAGUUGAGAUUCGAGGCCUGCAGACCCAGCUGGACAGAGUCUCUCAGGAAAAAGCCGACCUUGCGACGGAAAUGGAGCGAGAUGAUCUCGUCGCGUCUCUUCGAGCACACGUUUCCGAGCUGGAGGAGCGACUGCGCAAGUCCAGGGCAGCUACAGAGGCCGUGACGGAUCAGAUGGACGGCAUGAAGAAGGAUUUCGAGGCUCGAAUAUCAGAUCUCGAGCUCAUCAUUCAGGAGCUAUUCAACAUGUUGCGCGAAUCUCAUCACCUUGAAGAAGUGGAAGGGAUCAACGAUGGUCCUAUCAACCGGAAACAGUUGAUUUUCGACCUCAGAGAGCAGUGGGAGCGCAAGAAGACAAUACGACAACUCGAAGGUCGACCAUAUCGGAAAUUACUACCUGGCGAGAGACUGGACGAUGAAAGCGAGGCCGAGGCCGAGGUGCUCGAGGCUGAGCGAGUGGAUCUUGGCUCCAAGCGUCAGGCUAUCAGGUCUUCUCAAUUCAUGGACGCCACGGACGAUCGAGUGAGAGCUCAUAUAGAGACUGCUUUGACGAGCCAACAUGAUCAUAUUUCACCGUUACGAUCCCUGGCCGCCGGUCUCCGAAGCACGCGGACUAGAGAGCUAGACAGUUCCCGUCGAGGCUCGCCCGGCACUCCUCCGCCCAUUGGCCCUCGUUCAGUGCAUCGAAAGAAACCUGGAUUACCGCCUCGUUUUCUCGAGGAACUUCGGUAUGGUCAGCUCUCUCGAAGUGUUUCGGAAUCAGCUGCAGACAUAUACGAGACGGACGCGGACAGUAUCACCUCUGAUUUACGUCAAUCGUCUGCUACAGGAGCGACAGAGGAGCUACAAACACCUACGCAUGCGCCUGCAGCCAAGUCUCUUCGAUCUCAAUUGAUCGCUGCGGGCAAGAUCCAGAUUGCUGGCGAUAGUUCGGAUGAUGAAGGUUUUGGUUCAGCAGAAGUCGCUUCAAAAGCGGAAGAUGCAUCAGGAGAUCGAGACGAACCUACCACAGCUGCUCCUCCUCCGCCCCCUCCACCGCCUCCUCCUCCACCACCACCACCGCCUCCACCGCCGCCACUAAUGCCAAGAUCAGGCCCGCCAGCACCACCGCCUCCGCCACCACCGCCUCCUCCGCCGGGAGGCAAACUCCCAGCGGGUUUCAAACCUCAGCCAGGUAUGGCGGGUGUGAUCGCUGGUAUCAAGGGAGGAGUUUCGCUCAGGUCUACUAGCCAGACGGAAGGUGAUUCCGCGCCGACGUCUUCUGCAAACGGCUUCCCAUCCGCACCACCUGCGCCGCGGGCUCCCCUCGCACCUAUAUCUUCCUUACUGCAUGGUGCCAACGAUUCGCGCAAGGAUGUAGCCAUGGUGGCCUCCAAGAAGAUGAAGCAGCUUCAAUGGGAAAAGGUAUCAAAAGCACAGCUCAACAAGACGAUGUGGUCGAGUCCAGAAGUGGCUGAAGACGAGCUUGCUAACAAGAUGCGAGCAGUCAACCUGUGGACCGAGAUGGAAGACGAAUUCAAGGCCAAAGAAGUCGUCUUUGACGCUGUGAAGAAGCGCAAAGAGACGGAGCUUUUGUCUGUGUUAGCUCCAGAUCAUAGAAAACGAAUCGAAAUCCUCAUGUCCGGGUCGACCGCAAAGAGCUUUAGGGACCCUGAACGGCUUUCCGAGGCAAUUGCCAACUUCAACGACGAGCUGUGUACAGAAACUUUCUUGCGCGAGCUACAAGGUGUUCUCCCGUCAGAUGACGAUCGAGGCAAGCUCCUUACCCACAGCGCGGACACCGAAGCAGAGCUCGAGCUCUUACAUCCCGCUGACCGACUCAUGGUCCGGCUUAUCCAACUGCCACAUCUCUCCGAUCGCGUGCAUGGUAUGGUAUUCCAAGUUGGAUUUGCGCAAAACGUUGAGCUGCUGCAGACAAGCCUGAACCUUCUGAAUGUUGCUUGUGCGGAUCUCCGAGACGCUCGCUUGUUCCGCGAAUUGCUCAACAUCAUUUUGAUGAUGGGCAAUUACCUGAACGGCACCAACUAUGCUGGAGGAGCGUUUGGUUUCAAGAUCGCCAGUAUCAACAAACUUGUGGAUACGAAAUCUUCUGGAGGACAGAACCUGCUGCACUUUUUACAACGAGUGGUCUCGCAACAUUUCCCAGAAGUGGAAGGUUUCCUGGACGAGCUCGCCAAGCCAUCCGAUGCGAAUCGGGUCAACUUCACCGAUAUGCAAUCUACGUCGAAGAAGAUGCUGGAUGAGAUUCGCCAAAUAAGAAAAUCUCUAGACUCUCACUUUCAAAAUGCCAACGACGGGUAUACUCGCAAGAUGUUCCGUUUUAGCGCUGUCGCCGAAGAGGACAUGCAAGAGAUUCGUGAUGGUAUCGUUGAAGCUGGGAAACAUCUGAGAGAUGUCGAGACUUAUUUCGGAGAAGGAGAGGAAAUGGGUAGACCAUUGCAGAGUCAAGACUUUUUCGGAAUCUUCAAAACAUUUACAUCUUCCUACAAGUAUUGUCGAGCGCAGAAUCGAGCCAGACAGGAGGAAGCUAUGAACCGGGAACGUCGGGCUCAAGCUCGAGCGGCUCUCACACCACAAGUCACUGGAGCCUCUGAGACUGAUCUCAUCGAUGCUCGUAUGCAGCGACUCAAGCUAGAAGGCACGCCGCGAAUCAAGAGAGAGAAACGACGAGCUGCGCCGUCCAUGGAUCCAUUACCCGAUACGGUUGACUACUCGCAGUUCGCUCUGCCUUCACUGGGUGAAAAUGGCUCCGAUGUGGACUAUGGUACACUCGCCCAGAAGAUGAUGAACGACAUCUUCUCGGUAAACGGGCUAGACGGUGCGACUGGCAGUUCACCAUCGACGGCGGACCCUUUCAGUCUUGGUAGCACACCAGUCACAUCACCCUCGAAAGCUAGGACCAGGGACGGUCAGGCUACACCUGAUCUACCGGACGUCGAGGAGGAAGUGGAAGAAGAAGACGAGGAAGUUCUGGACAGUGGUAAAGAGAGCGAUUAUGAAGAUGAGGAUGGAGGAGAUAGAACGAUUGGGGCUAUAGAAAAGCCUCUGGAGCACGAAUCUUGAUGUUGUCAUUCCCCCCGGUUUUUUUUUUUUUUUUUU